CCAGCUGGCCGGCACUAGUCGGCCGCGGCGCGAUGGAGGCGCCGGCCGAGCUGCUGGCCGCGCUGCCUGCGCUGGCCACCGCGCUGGCCCUUCUGCUCGCCUGGCUACUGGUGCGGCGUGGGGCGGCCGCGAGCCCGGAGCCUGCCCGCGCGCCCCCGGAACCCGCGCCCCCGGCCGAGGCCACCGGGGCCCCGGCGCCGUCCCGCCCCUGCGCCCCCGAGCCGGCGGCCUCGCCCGCGGGGCCGGAGGAGCCUGGAGAGCCCGCGGGGCUGGGGGAGCUCGGGGAGCCUGCGGGACCGGGGGAGCCCGAAGGGCCAGGGGAUCCCGCGGCGGCGCCAGCGGAGGCGGAGGAGCAGGCGGUGGAGGCGAGGCAGGAAGAGGAGCAGGACUUGGAUGGUGAGAAGGGGCCAUCAUCGGAAGGGCCUGAGGAUGAGGACGGAGAAGGCUUCUCCUUCAAAUACAGCCCCGGGAAGCUGAGGGGAAACCAGUACAAGAAGAUGAUGACCAAAGAGGAGCUGGAGGAGGAGCAGAGAGUUCAGAAGGAACAGCUGGCUGCCAUCUUCAAGCUCAUGAAAGACAACAAGGAGACGUUUGGCGAGAUGUCCGACGGCGACGUGCAGGAGCAGCUCCGGCUCUACGACAUGUAGACUGCGCCCACGGGAUGCACAGCGGCCAUGCCUGACGCUGUCCCCACCCUUGCCCCAUGCCCUUGUUCUUUCCAGACUUCUGUAGGCCUAAUUUUCCCUUAUAAACGUAGAUGCAGGCGUACAUUCUAUAGGUACUUGCCGAGUUCUUGCAAUGUGUCUAUUACUUUGCAGGAAUCAAAAUUGUUUUAUUCAGAAGACAAAGUCCCUGACCCCUCUGGUUUCUGCUUGCUGGUGAGGUUCCAGCUGUUAUUGGGCUCUGAGGCCCUCUCCUGAUCCAAAUCUUUUUUUGUUUGUUUGUUUGAGAUGGAGUCUCACUCUGUCUCCCAGGCUGGAGUGCAGUGGCGUGAUCUUGGCUCACUGCAACCUCCACCUCCCUGAUUCAAGCGACUCUCCUGCCUCAGCCUCCCGAGUAGCUGGGAUUGCAGGCAUGCACCAUCACACCUGGCUAAUUUUGUAUUUUUAGUAGAGACAGCGUUUUGCCAUGCUGGCCAGGCUCGUCUCGAACUCCUGACCUCAGGUGAUCCGCCCACCUUGGCCUCCCAAAGUGCUGGGAUUACACGCGUGAGCCACCAUGCCCGGCCAAUACUACACUCUUAUUCUGCCUUACGAGGAUUUCUGGAAGCUUCUGUAACUGUAGGGAAGAAAGCUGUAGGGGAGCAUUCUUGGUUUUUUUGUUUUGUUUUGUUUUUGUUUUUGAGACGAGGUCUCACUGUCACCCAGGCUGGAGUGCAGUGGUGCCAUCAUGACUCACUGCAGCCUUGACCUUCCAGGCGCACAAAAUCCUCCUCUCAGCCUGAGUAACUGGGGCUACAGGUGUGUACCACUACAUCCAGCUAAAGGAGAGCAUUUUUUUCUUUUCCUUUUUGAGACAGAGUCUCACUCUGGCGCCUGGUCACUGUGCCCUUCACCUUCUGGGUUCAAGUGAUUCUCCUGCCUCAGCCUCCCUAGUAGCUGGGAUUACAGGCAUGCACCACCAUACCCAGCUAAUUUUUGUAUUUUUAGUAGAGAUGGGGUUUCACCAUGUUGGCCAGGCUGGUCUCGAACUCCUGACCUCAGGUGAUCCACCUGCCUCGGCCUCCCAAAGUGCUAGGAUUACAGGCGUGAGCCACCAUGCCCAGCUGGGAGCGUUCUUUCAGCAAAAAGUCUAAUUCAGAGACUCACCUUCCAUCCUGGCACUAAACAAUAGUACUAGAGGUAAGAUCUGCCAAGAAUUUCUCUCACUUAAGCAGGAUACUUACUUUAAAUAUAAUUAGGCAAGACUUAUUUGAGUACUUGCCUAAUUGUAUUUAAUUAGAACUAUGCUGGAUGCUGUAGACAGAAGAAAUAAAAUACUCAACUUGGUCCCUACCUUUCAGCAGGUUAAAGGCCUUUAGGGAAGAAAAGCCUGUGUGCAGGGAAAGAGAACCUCACCAGAAAGUAUUCAAUAAAAUGCCAAAGUGAUCUUACAGAA